CCCUCUUCACAUUCACCACACACAACAACACAACCCUCUUCUUCUCUUCCCUUCUAUUCUCUUCCUCACGCACAUGAGAGUGGGAGCCACAUCAUCACCGCAUCAUGGAAAGCCCGGAUAUCUCGCCGCCGCAUGUCGACGCAUCUCGACCGUCCCUUGGCUUCCCCUUGGGCACUGCCCUUCUCUUGAUCAUCAUCUUCACCCUCAGUGGCGUCCUCUCUUGCUGCUACCACUGGGACAGGAUCCGUUCCCUCCGUCAAUCUUUCUCUCAUUCCGAUCCCCAAAUGCAUUCCGAUUCCACCAAAUCUAAACCAUCCACGGAAUUGCGGCAGAACAGGGGAGCGAGCUUGCCAGUGUUGAUGCCGGGGGAUGAGGUGCCCAAGUUCAUAGCCAUGCCGUGCCCGUGCCAGCCUUCAAGGCCAGACAACGUUGUUGUCACCGUGGAAUUGGAGGAGAAGCAGAAGCGGCUGCCCAAACCGCCGCAGUUACCGAUCCCUUUGUAUUUGUAAUUAGCUACCUCCCAGGUUGUCAAAAGGGUAAUGGUUUCGCAAUGUAAAAAUACACAGAGACAACAUGGGUUCAAAAAACUUGACUGCUUGUGCUUCCUAGUUGCCACCAUUUGUUGUGCUAAUGUAUAGUCAUUUGUUGUGCUAAUGGAAAAAAAAUAAUAAUAAGGGGAUAGAUAGGGUUGCAGGUUAAUUCGUAGAUACUGAGGAGCUAUUUCAUUUGAUUCAGUCCAUCUCUGUGUUGUAUGUAAAGUGUUAAGGAGUUUGUAGAUGUUGGUGUUGAUCGGAAACAGAAUCCAAUUUGGAUGGCUCUUCCUUCUCUUCUUGAUUUUGACAUGCAAAAGAAAGUAGCAGAUGUUGAGCACAACUUUUCUUUUAUGAGAUAUUUAGGUGUGAAUUUGAAUUCAUGAUUUUAAUUUCAGCAAGAUUUUUAUUUGUGAAAAGCUGUUUCUUUUUAUAAUGUGGAGGGUUCAGAU